UCUAAACACUCCAUCUAAUCACACUGUUGUUUGUUGAUCCACACGCUGCCAAAAAGUCAUCUCGUACGAGGCUCACUUAUAAGGAUGGCGGCAAACGACGGAGAUGAGGCUGUUCUGUCCCUGGUUGAUGUUCUGGAGGAAGAUGAAGCUUUGGAGGACGAGGCGUGCGCUGUGCUAGGGGGCAGCGACCCAGAGAAAUGCUCGUAUCCGGAGGGCUACGUUAAAAGACAAGCGCUGUAUGCCUGCAACACCUGCACACCCAAGGGCAGUGAGCCAGCCGGAAUAUGUCUUGCCUGCAGUUACAAAUGUCAUGAGGGCCAUGACCUAUUUGAGCUGUACACCAAAAGGAACUUUCGUUGUGAUUGUGGUAACAGCAAAUUCAAUGGAUUUGAAUGCAAGUUGUUUCCUGAUAAAGAUAAAGUGAAUGUAAAUAAUAAAUAUAAUCAGAACUUUUUUGGAUUAUACUGCACCUGCAAGAGGCCUUACCCAGAUCCAGAGGAUGAGGUUUCAGAUGAAAUGAUCCAGUGUGUUGUUUGUGAAGACUGGUUCCAUGGCAGGCAUCUUGGUGCCAUUUCAGCAGAAUGCACAGAGCUCCAGGAAAUGACUUGUGUGUCAUGUAUGAACAAAUGUCCCUUCCUCUGGUAUUAUGCAGCACACAUGGCAGUAUCAUCAACUCUACUUAAAGAGGGCAUAGGUGGCCAAGAUGAGACAGAGCAGGCCAGAACCAAAGUGACUGAAGAAGCCCAGGAAGAGGCCUCCACCAGCACAGAGUCCCAGAAGGAGGUUACAACUAAUGGAGACAGCAACUGUAAAAGAAAACUGAGUGUGAACGAUGAUGCCGGGUGUAACAGCAACAGCUGCAAACUACAGAAGAUGAAAGAAGGCGGAUUUUCAUCAAAGAGCUCGGCCGUUUACUGGCCACAAUCAUGGCGUUCCAAUCUGUGCACUUGUCACAACUGCAAGAAGUUCUAUGCUGAUCUGGAAGUCCCAUUUCUGGUUGAUGAGUCCGAUACUGUAUUAGCUUACGAGAACAAAGGCAAAAUCAUUCAGGAGAAUGACCAGGAAAACCGAGAUCCUCUUCUGGCUGCACUGAGCAGUAUGGACAGAUUUCAACAGCUGGAAAUGAUACAUGAAUAUAAUGAUUUGAAAGCUGAGCUGAAGGAUUUUCUGAAGAGGUUUGCAGAUGAGGGAAAGGUAGUGACCACAGAAGACAUCCACAGAUUUUUUGAAGAGCUUCAGUCCAGGAAGAGGAGAAGGCUGCAGUAUUAACAGCUCGGGCAUUCAUCUAGUUGGUGAUGAAAAUGUUACCUUUAAAUCUUUUUUUUUUUUUUUUUAAUGCAAAUAAUGUAUUUCAAAAGUACUGCUCAUAUUUCUGGUGUGUGCCAGAAAAGCCUCGAGAAUGAAGACGUUGCACUUGAAGUGACGGCUGCAAGUCUUGUCAUUAACCGGACUGAUGUGGAUUUUCGACGGAUUGAAACUUGGCAUGUUCAGGUGGCCACAUUUUACAAUGUGUGACUUUGUUGAGUUGCCGAUAGCCUUUGUAUCCCCCUGGUUGUUUGAUUCCUGUUCCUGUUUCUGCUAUCAAGUGUUUUUUGUGUUUUCCUGGAUCAGCAAUCCCUGCAUUUCAGUCAUUAGGUUCUCUGAAUACAUGGUGAGCUCUUCGACUUUCUUUCAGGGUGUGUGUGUGUUUGUUUGUGUGUAUGUGUUCAUCAAGUCAUUUGUUCAUUCUAGCCAUGCAAAGUCGUAAUGUAUCACUAAAUGAACCACCCAAACCAUAGAAGUGCAGAGAGAGGAAGACGGGCAAAGUGUGUGUGAGGGUGAGUAGUGACUCCCUGAAACAAAUGAAAAGGCCAUGGGCGACAUCAACCACCUUGGAUGUGUCAGGGGAUCGAGAAUCUUGUGAGGACCUGGGGAAGUGGCCAGGAACUGACAGUUGAAGAGUAAAAUCUCCUGUGCCAUUACAGCCAGACUGCAACUGUGUGUGUGUGUGUUUCAUCUCACAGUUUGCUCUGUUAUUAAACUUGUGCCCACUUUUAA